UGUAUUAGUUGCCUUACUGUGAAGAUUUGAUUACGACUUAUACCUUGUAUCUGGGAUCGGGUAGAGUGGAGUGGUCUUUGAGAAUGUUUUAAUUACGGUUUGAUUUAAUUGCAAUACGGUAUUUUAUGUAGGGAGUUGUGUGGUAAAGGAAUUUAUGUAUGAAAGGUGGAUGGAGACGGACUGAUUCUGGUGGAUAUGAGUGCUUUUUAGAAUACGAAAAACUGGAUACCAUGGGAUGCGUGGAGUUCGCCGCGACUCUCGGCAGUGUCAUCCUGCUCAUUGUCACUCUACCGUUCUCACUUUUUUGGUCUUUUAAGGUGGUGCAAGAGUAUGAGAGAGCAGUAAUAUUCAGACUGGGGAGGUUACGUACGGGGGGAGCAAGAGGUCCGGGGAUCUUUUUCGUUUUACCUUGUAUCGAUAGUUAUUGCAAGGUCGAUUUGAGGACCGUGUCUUUUGAUGUGCCGCCCCAAGAGGCUCUCACCAAAGACUCCGUAACAGUCACUGUGGACGCGGUGGUUUACUACCGAAUAGAAGACCCACUUAACGCUGUAGUAAAAGUAACCAACUACAGCAACUCGACCCGACUCCUUGCCAUGACCACCCUAAGAAACAUAUUGGGCACAAGAAACUUAGCGGAAAUCUUGUCAGACAGGGAGGCAAUAUCGCAUGCGAUGCAAGCCUCUUUGGACGUCGCUACCGACCCAUGGGGAGUCAAAGUGGAAAGGGUUGAAAUAAAAGACGUAAGUUUACCCCAGCAACUUCAGAGGGCGAUGGCAGCUGAAGCUGAGGCUUCACGUGAAGCUCGUGCCAAGGUCAUCGCCGCUGAAGGCGAAAUGAAGGCUUCUAGGGCUUUAAAGGAAGCUUCUGAUGUCAUUAAUCAAAGUCCUGCUGCUCUACAACUGAGAUAUCUUCAGACUUUGAAUAAUAUAUCGGCGGAGAAGAACUCGACCAUCAUCUUCCCACUUCCAAUAGACUUGGUCAGCUAUUUUGUUAAUAUUAGGUCUAGAUCUGACUCGUCACAAGUUAUUUGAUUGUAAUAAAAAAGAGUUUUAUUGGU